CUUUUUGUGAUGGGAACAAGGAGAGGGCAGGGAAAGCUGUGUUCCCUCCUCCCCUCCCAAAUUCCAACAAAUAUCCCAGCGCAACAGGAUUUUCAGCUGGCUAACGAAGACAACAAUUGGCUGUUCUCACACACGCCUCCUGAUGUUCCCAUCCUCAGAAGCAGGAUUGAAGCUGGUGAAACAGCCACAAACAGGGCAUGCAACACAGCCCUAAAAAUUGCAUGUGCUUCAUCCUGACCGGUAGGUUGAACCGGGGCACUGUAAAGGGUCCCGGGAACUCUUCAGAGAUUCAUCAAGAUAGCCCUUUCAAACGCAAGAGCAACAGUUCAAGACGAAGACAAUGCUCUCAAGCUGGGUGAUGUUGCUUACUUGGCUGGUUUCCUUGAAAGCGUUUUCCGUAGCGCAGGAUUCGGCUCUAGAAGAAUCCUGGAGAGACUGGAAGAUGACGCACGGGAAAGUAUAUCCUGAAGGCGAAGAGGCCUCCCGGAGAGCUACAUGGGAGAAGAAUCUGCAGAUGGUUGAGCAGCACAACCGUGAGGCCGAUGAGGGGAAACAUACCUAUUGGAUGAAGAUGAACCAAUUUAGUGAUUUGACUGAUGAAGAAUUUAAUCGCAUGAUGGGAGGUCUCCUUCCUGAGUCAGCUGAUCCUGAAAAUACUUCUCAAGGCUUUCCCCAAACGCCAGAUGUUCAACAGAAACCCAAGCCCAAGAAGUGUCACCAGAGACAUUAUGGCACGACAAGAAAAAAACAGCUGGCUUUCGCCUACAGAAGAAAACUGGGCAAGCAUCAUUCUGAAAAUUUGGGAAAGCUUUGUCUAAUAUCCAGCAACGGAACGAAGAAACUGUUAGGAAGGAGGUGUGGGUGUAUAAGCCGUUAUCGUCGUCGCUGCCAGAAAUGUUGUAAGCUGGCUUUGUAGUCAAGACAAGGCUGUGACUCAAGAUCGCUUACGAUAAUGUGCGCAGGAUUACAAGGAAUCUAGCAGAUUUCCCAUCUGUC